CUCUCUUUCUUUUCUUCUUCUCCUUUUCAAUGAUAUGUCUCUCUUUUAGUCUUCCCAGUGAGUUUUCGAUUCUGAAUUACGACGAUGAUCUAGACAAGUUCACCUCUGAGGAAGAGCUCUUUGAGCUAUUCCAACUGUGGCAGAAGGAACACAAACGAGAACAUAAAACCCUAGACGAGAAGUCAAAGAGAUUUGAGAUCUUCAAAAGCAGUGUGAAGUAUAUCAAGGAGGAAAAUGCGAAAAGAACUUCAGUCUACGACUAUCGUUUGGGUUUGAACAAAUUCUCAGAUUUGACAUUGGAUGAAUUCAAAGAAACCUACUUGAUUGAGAUGGAGCACACAGAGGGAGGCAACAUUGGUGAGCCCAACAGCGAUCACUGUCCAAAUGCACCUCUUUCCUUGGAUUGGUGGGACUUUGGAGCAGUGACUGACGUCAAAGACCAAAAAAAUUGUGGAAGUUGCUGGGCGUUUUCAUCAACGGAAGCCAUUGAAGGAAUGAAUAAAAUAGACUACAAUACUCUUGUGAGUGUUUCUGAACAACAACUUAUGUCAUGUGAUCCUAAUACUCAUGGCUGCAAUGGAGGCCAGGUCUACAAAGCAUUUGAAUAUGUCAUCAAAAAUGGUGGAAUUGCCUCAGAGUCAGAUUAUCCUUACGAAGCUAUUAAUGGUACUUGCAAUCACCAAAAGGAAAAGAAGGUAGCCCUUGCUAUUGAAGGCUAUGGAAAAGUGAAAUCCUUAUGCGAACCUUGUCUCCUUUGCGCUGUUUCUAGACAGCCUGGACUCUUUGAUGCGAAUAGCUGCCCAAACGUUGAACGUUGGUGUACUGAUCAUGCCAUGCUGAUCGUGGGAUACGGUUCUUUGGGUCCUGGUCAUGAUUAUUGGAUUGUGAAGAACUCAUGGGGUAAAGAUUGGGGAGACAAUGGUUACAUCUACAUCAAAACAAACACUGGUGAUCCUUUUGGUGUAUGCAACUUCAAUUGCUACGCUUAUUACCCAACCAAGAACAUUCUCAAGCUUGAUUCGGCUAUAUGA